ACAGCCUUCAGGAAAAGUUGUUGCCAUGUAGUUUAGCAAGAAAGGUAGUGGUACUGGUACUGGUGGGUUCAAUGGCCUUGCUUUCUGAGUUUCUGAAUAUCACAAUAUUCUUGGUCACGAGGUCUUUUUCGUUUUUCAUGCGUACGUGCUCAUUUAUCUUUAAAACCUUUGUUGUUGUUGUUCAAACUUGGUUGGAGCUGUUGAAGACCUUGGUCAGUUUUCACUUGAAUAUAUUUUGGACCACUUCGAUGUGGAUAAUUGCGUUCGUCUCUCUUCCUGGACGAAUUGUAGUUGCUUUACAGAGGGAAAGGCAGUUGCAACAAAAUUUACAAUUUCUGGAAAUUGAGUUUGAAAAUGUUUUAUGGGAAAGAAAGGAGUUUCAAAAACAUUUUCAGGCUGCUAUGAAAGAGCAGAAGGUGGUGGAAUUGAUGUUGGAUGAACUUGAAAUGAUACAUGAAAAGGCGACCGACAAAAUUUCACACUUAGAAAGUGAGCUGCAUAAAUUGAGAAACGAAAAUCUUCGACUGCAAGAAAUCAAGGGUAAGACAUAUUGGAGCUUAAAAGGUCUUGAUAACAAAGGUGAAGCACAAAAUGCUGGCAGACUUGACAGCGACAUUACCUUUGGUAUCUCAUCAUGCUCAUCCAUCUAUAGUGGCAGCAGCAUUGUUCAAUACCUCUUUCAAAGUGAUAUUUGGAAAGACGAUAAUAUACCUAAAGCAAGAUUGAUCGAACUUUUAGAAUCUGGGUUAAAAUCUGGUCUCCGCUCUCUUAGUUCUGAAGUAUCAAAAGAUGAAGAUGAUAAAGAUGUCGCCGAAACUCUUGAUGAACAGAGAGAGAUUGCGAUUUCCCGAAGUCUAUUCAGUACCUUGUUGUCACUUUUGGUUGGAAUGAUUAUAUGGAAAGCUGAAGAGUCUCACUUGUGCCUGGUUAUGGCACUCUUGUUUGUGGUUAGCAUCUCAUUAAAGAGCGUUGUUGAGUUUUUCACGACCAUAAAGAAUAAACCUGCCUUGGAUGCUGUUGCUCUUUUGAGCUUCAACUGGUUCAUACUUGGAAUACUUGCUUACCCGAUGCUGCCAAAUAUUGCUCGUUUGCUUGUUCCUCUGACCUCGAGGUUUGUUGGACAAACAGUGUAAUGGUUUGGUUUCUCCAUUUUCUGAUCCAAUCUAAACUACUUCCUGCAACUCGAGAGGUACAUCACCUAAUCCCAUUAGACAUUGGAUCAUAAAACUUUAUCUUCUAGUCGUGAAUUUUCCACGUAGCAUGCGAUACAUAGGGGUUUAAAAGUUGUUUAUUCAUCUUUACCAUGAUCUCAAUGUGAAUUUUCAAUAUUGUUUAUAACUUGUACAUGGGUUAGACUAUCUACUUUAAUGUAACUUAUUUGUUUGUUCA